AUGCCAAAGAGGAUCGAAAGGAGAGCAUGCAGUGAAGAUAACCGCCGUUGCCAAUUUGAUCCACCAAAAGAAGUUACUGGCGAAAUUACUUUUCAAAGACAGGUCAAUUGCUCUGUGAUAAUCGUUGGCCAACUCAAUUUUCAUCCAGAUGAAAUGAAUUUACCAAUUGAAUUGACGAGAAGCAAUUACGAUAUCCAUCUUACCUUAACCGGGGAUACCGAAACUCCUACAGAUCCUUCCGCAGAUGAUCUGGAAGAUAGGAUCAUACUUAGAAUGCCACCAGCACCACCAACUCAAAUUAACGAGAGCUUUAGAUUCACUUUAGACGAUUUUAAGGUCGAUUUUAAUCAGCUCACAAAUUACCAUUGUGUACUGGCAUACGACGAUUGGAGUCGUUUUACAGGAAUUCGAGGAAGCGAGGAU